AUGAUGAGGGAGGUCUGCGGACCGGAAGAUACACAUAUUCUUUCUAUCCGAGCAUGUCGUUUUGAAGGGAGAAGGGCAAGAACGAGCGAUGUAUUAACUCUAACAAGCCUUACUACUCCGUACUCCGUCCGACUAAGAAGUGCUGGUCCACCUGACGGGUAUUUCCCCCCACCCACCCGCCUAUCAGCACUCGCUAUCUCGCCCGCAUCGGCGUCAUCCAUCUUGUCCGAACAUGUUAUCGUUCGACUCAUCUACUCCCUAUCGGACACUCACUCUCCAACUUCUCUGUUGAGUGACACCCUUCCUACUUCUUUCUCCGUAUUCCUUGUACUGCCCCUUCAUAUCCCUUAUCAAAUACACUAUGAUUUACACCCUCGGCCUGAUCGCCGUCAAGUCUUCCUGCAGGCAACUAUUUGGGAACCGUCUAGGCUGCCUCUGACAUUUACUGCUGGAACUAACACUUUGGUACCGUCUAAAAGCCAGUGA